AUCAGCUGCUGUUAAGUAACGGGAGGAGGAGACAGGCUCGAGCGGAGAAGGGCCGCCCGCGCCGCUGGAUCUUCUCGGGGACUAUCAACAGGGAGCGCAGCCGACGACAGAGCCAGGAGCUGGGGGUAUGAACGCCGCGAGAAUCCGCUCCCAUCCUCCGCUGCCCGGACCCCUGUCCCGCUGACAACCGCCGGAUCAGCAUCUACACGCAAGCAGCUCUCGGACGAACCCAGUAUCGGACACAACCUGCAGCCAUGGAGCUGAGAGUGGGAAACAAGUACCGGCUCGGGAGAAAGAUAGGAAGUGGCUCCUUCGGUGACAUUUAUCUUGGUGCCAACAUUGCCACUGGUGAGGAGGUGGCCAUCAAGCUCGAAUGUGUGAAGACCAAACACCCACAACUGCACAUCGAGAGCAAGUUUUACAAGAUGAUGCAAGGAGGAGUCGGCAUUCCAUCGAUAAAGUGGUGUGGUGCGGAGGGAGACUACAACGUGAUGGUAAUGGAGCUGCUCGGUCCCAGUCUGGAGGACCUGUUCAACUUUUGCUCCCGAAAGUUCAGCCUGAAGACCGUCCUGCUUCUGGCGGACCAGAUGAUCAGCCGCAUCGAGUACAUCCACUCCAAGAAUUUCAUCCAUCGGGAUGUGAAGCCUGACAACUUCCUCAUGGGGCUCGGCAAGAAGGGCAACCUGGUGUACAUCAUUGACUUUGGCCUGGCCAAAAAAUACCGUGAUGCCCGCACGCACCAGCACAUCCCUUACAGAGAGAACAAGAACCUGACUGGCACGGCACGCUACGCCUCCAUCAACACACAUCUUGGAAUUGAGCAGUCCAGACGUGACGACCUGGAGUCUCUGGGCUAUGUCCUCAUGUACUUCAACCUGGGCUCCCUCCCCUGGCAGGGCCUCAAGGCUGCGACCAAGAGACAGAAGUAUGAACGAAUCAGCGAGAAGAAAAUGUCCACACCUAUUGAGGUUCUUUGCAAAGGUUACCCUUCUGAGUUCUCCACAUACCUGAAUUUCUGCCGUUCACUUCGUUUUGAUGACAAGCCAGACUACUCCUACCUUCGACAGCUCUUCAGGAAUCUGUUCCACCGACAGGGCUUCUCCUAUGAUUAUGUCUUUGACUGGAACAUGCUCAAAUUUGGUGCCAGUCGGACAGCUGAGGAUGGAGAACGGGAGAGGAGGACGGGAGAUGAGAGGGAUGAGCGGAUCGGAGGAGUCCCCAGGGUGUCUGCAUCGCGAGGCCUUCCCCCGGGUCCCAACCCUAUAGUUCCCAACAGAGUCAGGAAUGGGCCAGAACAGGCAAUCUCUAACCCAGCCUCACGGGUCCCGCAGUCUGGGAACACGUCGCCACGUGCAAUUUCUCGUGCAGAGAGGGAAAGGAAGGUGAGCAUGCGCCUCCAUCGUGGAGCUCCGGCCAACGUAUCGUCCUCUGACCUCACAGCCCGUCACGACCAGUCCAGAAUUUCCACAUCCCAGGUCAGCGUGCCCUUUGAGCACAUGGGGAAGUAGAACUAUUUUGGCUCUGCAUGCACAUGGAAUUGACAGGGCUGCAAGAUGAGUCCAUCGCUCUGGUUUUUUUCCUUUGUUUUUUACCUUGUCUUAUUACAAGAUGAUUGCCAAUGGACACGUGGAUCUUUGGAAAAGGACAGUAAUUUUUUAAAGGAUCCAGAGAAGUACAUUACAGCAUCCAACAUGCACUCUUUCAUGAACCCUUCUGCUGAUCCCUGGAUCACCACCACCACUAUACAAAAAAAACUAAAUAAAUGAAAGACAGUGCUAAGACAUUGUUA